ACAUGGAGUGCAAACCCAAUAAUUACCGCUGAUUUUCGGAAACGUUCCUUGAUGUUUUUCAUUAGUGGCAGGUGUGCGGAAACGUUCAGUCUACCAGAUACAAUUUGAAAAAUCCACUGUUAACUCCACCAGUAUGGGAAUUGACAUGAGCAGACCACUUUCUUCAAACCAAGAGAUAUGCCAAGAGGGUCACCUGCUGAUCCAUAUGAAGAUGGAUGUUAUAACAAGAGAUGAUGGACAACAAAAUUUGACUCUAAGGUGUUCUUUAUGUGACAGUGUGUUAAGGAUGAGUGAAGUCAGUAGAUCUCCACUCCUGAAUUGUCCAGUAGUAACUGCUGCAGGUCAAAGUAUCCAGAAAACAAAUCAAGCAGACACAAACACUUCUGAAAGAGAGUCCAGCUUUGCUGACUUUUCACAGGAUUUUGUUAAAACAGAUCCAGAUUCAGUCUGUGAUGACUGUGAAGAUGAUCUUGAUUUAGAUAUGCAUGUUGAAAGUUAUGAAAGUUUUCAGCUCAGUAAUGAGAAUUGUAACAAUAUUGACCAUUGUGCAAAUGAGGAGGAUGUGUUGAACUCGAAGACAAUUGACAAAACCAUUUCACCACUGUGCACUGAUGCAAUCCCAAACAGCACAGAGAAAUCAAAUGAAAAGGAAAUCACCUCAACAGUAGAUAGAGGUACAAGAAGACGAGACAGUCAGCCAAGAAAUAUGGAAUCAUUUUUAAAACGUAAAAUACAGAAGAGCCCCAUUUCAGUUGAGCAGAUACCCAAGAAAACCCCAAAGCUACAAGCCAACAGGGGGACAAUUAGUGUGUCACUGGAAAGUUCUAACCAGCUAUCUGAUAACAAAUCAAAUAAGAAUUCCUCAUCAUCUGGUCAGCUUGCUGUUUCUGCACAAAUUAGCUCCAGUGAACGUAGGUUUAAAAUUCCAUCAUGCAAGUUUUGCUUUGCUACCCACAGUGACUUUGGAGAAAAUUUAUUGUGUAUCCACAAAUGUCCUAAAACGGGCACUACAAUUUUCAUAUGUUCAGUCUGUAAUGAGUACUACAGCAGCUGUACCUUAUUGGUUGAAUGUGAAAGAAAACACAGACAGGUAAAUGCAACUUUCAUCAAGGAAGAAUUCAAGUGUAUGGUUUGUGAUAAGACAUUUGUUACUUUCAGAGAAGCAAAAAGGCAUGAAACUUGUCACAUUCAAACUGAUACUGGAGUGGCUGCUGGGGCAUCCUUACUACAUGAAGCAAACUCCAUUUCUGGCCCUGGGAGACCUGAACCUGACUACCAGAACAGUCAUAUAUCUAAUACUAUCACAUCAUCCACGCCAUUGAUACACCACUCUCAAGUGCCACUCAUGCACCAGAACAGUCAUAUAUCUCAUGCUGUCACAUCAUCUACAAUACACCACUCUCAAGUGCCACAGGCUUUUCAGUUUUCCCGACUGUGUAUUACACAAAAUGAAUUAGAGGAACUUAAGAGCAAGGCACAUGAUUCUAAAAGUUUUUGUAUAAAAUUAAUGUGCAAAAUUUUUAGUAGUGAUGAGCGGUUGCAAAAUGAUAGGAAUGUUUUAGGAAUUUCGACAGGUGGUCUCAAAAAGAAAAGUCUCUGCCCCAUUCGUAUACAAUUCAUCAAGGACUGUGUUUGGAAUAUGUAUCCUACAGAUUUUCAGAAUAAUCCAUCCAAGAUGUGGAGGGCAUGUGUAGCAGCCAUGAAUUCGUGCAAUAGAGGUUUCAGAUGCAUAAGGAGGAAGCAGAGUAGGAUACAAAAGUGAAACAGUGAUGUCAUUGAGUGAAAGAACAUGCAUGUCUUUUUUUUUGUGUGUGUUCUGCAUUUUUUUUUUUUAGUAUUUGACCUUCUGUGUAAACUGAUUUCAUUCAUGCCAUCAGUUUGCUUUUCUGGCAGUGCUCUAGAUUCUGUGUUCCAUUUGUAAUGUUAUGUGGUAGUGUUGUUCCAACAAAAUACAUUGGAAUGAAUUAUGUAAUUCAAGUUGAUGAUGGAACAUUAGCCUUUUUUGG